GCGCGCCCCCGGGUGGCUGUCGCGUGGUGCUUGGUCGUUGAGGGAAGAAUCAGGCCGAGAGGUUCACUGCAGGAUUUAUUAUUUUUUUACAACAUUUUACAUGUUUUAUUGAGUUAUCCGCCAUUCUGCGGCUCAGACCGAAGCCGAGCGGAGAGGAGAGGAGCAGGAGUGAGGGUAGAGACACACAAAAGAGGGACUUUUUUGUGGUUUAAGUUAAAGAGCACGUUCAAGUUGGGGGAAAGGAGGACUGGAGACAUGGCCACUCAGGUGGAGACUCUCCUGCACACCACCACCAACACCACCCCGCUCCUGCACGAGGAGGACCUCCAGCUGCCCGCCGGACACGGAGCGCUCACCCCGGAGCCGAGCUCGAAGCAGGCCGGGGAGGAGAGCAGCCUGCAGGAGAACGUGGAGGAGAAGAAGGAGUUCAGAGAGGCGCCUCCGCCCAAAGUCAACCCGUGGACCAAGAAGCUCAACUCGGUGACGGUGAACGGACAGACCGCUCCCGAGCAAACUGGACCAGCAAAAGUGGUGAGAGCAGGAAACCCCCGGUCCAGGAGAGGAGGAAAGGUGACACACACACACACACACCUCUACAUUCAUGGCUGUGUUGGAGAUUUUGGCGAUGCCACUAACUGGCCGACACCCGGCGAAAUUGCCACCAAGGAAGUGCAGGGGUGUAAGAAGGCCUCAGUAAAAAAGGAGUCUAAAGAGAAGAGGGACAGUGAGGAGACUAAAGAGAACCAGAAGACCAAAUCAGAUGAUUCAGGAGAGGAGAAGAACAGAGAGGAAGAUGCGCACAAAAACAGCGCUCACAGGAAGAAAGCAGGAAAUAAACAUAAGUGGGUUCCUCUGAUGAUUGAGGUGAAGUCUGAGGGACCACGAGAGCGCUCGGCCUCCAGAAACAACGCGCGACAGGGGGAAACUCCCAGAAUGCACACCAACAACAGGAAUGAUCUCAGAGACUGGCACAGUGGGAAAUACGAGCGUGAGCAGUUCAGAGACGAUCAUGAUGAGGUUUCGAGUGUGAAGAGUGAGGGAGCACCGUUCAGAGGAGGGUUCCGCGGACGAGGAAGAGGGCGGGGACGAGGACGAGGACGGGGACGGGGAGGACGAGGUCACUAUGAUUAUCAGUACAGCUACAAAUAUGAGGGGAAGGACGGUGUGCUUGACCCCAAAUAUACACAGUCAGUGACCUAUUACUAUGACAGCAUGAGCAGCACUGAGCUGUACAGCGUGGACCAGGACCUGCUCAAAGAGUACAUCAAGAGACAGAUUGAGUACUACUUCAGCGUGGAGAAUCUGGAGCGGGACUUUUUUCUCCGGAGGAAAAUGGAUGAAAACGGUUUCCUGCCUGUAGCCCUGAUCGCUAGCUUCCACCGUGUUCAAGCUCUCACCACUGACGUCCACCUCAUUACAGAGGCUCUAAAAGACAGUAAGGAGGUCGAGAUUAUUGACAUGAAGAUUCGAUGUAAAGAGGAACCAGAGAAAUGGCCUCUUCCUGGAUUAACUCUUCUUGAACACACACACACAGACUUCUCACAGCUCAUACACUGUCCCGAGUUCAUCCCCCGCAACACGGCCGAUACACCUCACACAGGUUCUCCUCGUGUGCCAUCUACAGCUGAGCAGAAGCUGGAGGAAGUGUGUAACCUGAAGACGAUGCCGAAGGGUUUAUCAGCGAGUCUCCCUGAUCUCGAAUCAGAGUGCUGGAUAGAAGUGAAGAAACGGCCACGCCCCUCACCGGCCAGACCAAAAAAGCUAGAGGACCCUCGGAGUGCCCUUUCUGCAGGGGACCAAGAUGAGCCAGAGGAACUGGACUUCUUGUUUGAUGAGGAGAUGGAGGCGAUGGAUGGCCGGCGGAACACCUUCACUGAGUGGACGGACGACGAGUCAGACGGAGAGAUUGAUGACCAUGAUGUCAACAAGAUCCUGAUUGUGACACAGACGCCACCGUACCUGCGCAAACACCCCGGGGGCGACCGGACCGGCAACCACGUCUCCCGCUCCAAACUUACCAACGAGCUCGUUAAGGUCAUUAACGAUGGUCUGUACUACUAUGAACAGGACCUCUGGCACGACACGUAUGAACCAGAGUACGCCACCAUCAAGCAAGAAGUGGAGAACUUUAAGAAGGUUCACCUAAUCAGCCGUGAGCAGUUUGAUUGUUUGACCCCUGAACCCCCUAUUGACCCCAACCAGGAAGUGCCGCCCUGCCCGCCCCGCCCACAACACAUUCCUACAGAUGACCUGGCCAAUAAACUCUUUGGUGCUCCUGAGCGUUCCAUGAUGGCGCGCUCUCUCCCUACCGCUGUGCCUGAUUCGCCAGGAUACAGAGCACCACAUACACCUCACACACCUCGCACACCCCGCUGCAAGCACAACACACACACACCUCGCUUUUAUCCUGUCAUCAAAGAGGGCCGGCCUGUGGAUGCCAAGACACCACGUAAAAGGAAGACGCGUCAUAGCUCAAACCCACCAAUGGAGUGUCACGUUGGCUGGGUGAUGGACUCACGAGAACAUCGGUCACGCACUGCGUCUGUCAGCUCUAAUGCAAGUCCCUCUGAAGGCACAGCAGCACUGGGGAACAUUGGCUGCACUCCUCAGUCUCUUCCCAAAUUCCAGCAUCCAUCACACGAGCUGCUGAAGGAGAACGGCUUCACACAGCAUGUCUACCACAAGUACAGGCGACGUUGUCUCAAUGAGCGUAAGCGUUUGGGGAUUGGUCAGUCUCAGGAGAUGAACACACUCUUCCGUUUCUGGUCGUUCUUCCUGCGUGAUCACUUUAACAGGAAGAUGUAUGAGGAGUUCAGGCAGCUGGGAGUCGAGGACGCCAAGGAGGGUUACAGGUACGGCUUGGAGUGUCUGUUCCGGUAUUACAGCUAUGGAUUGGAGAGAAAGUUCAGACCUGAAAUCUUCAAAGACUUCCAGGAGGAAACCAUAAAAGAUUAUGAAGCAGGUCAGCUGUAUGGUCUGGAGAAGUUCUGGGCUUUUCUUAAAUACUCUAAAGCUAAGACUCUGGAGAUUGACUCCAAACUGCAGGAGCAUUUGCGCAACUUCAGACGCUUGGAGGACUUCAGAGUCGACCCUCCUAUAGAUGAAGGUCGUAAGCGUCACUCCUCCAGUGGUGAGGGUCGUCGCCGUCACCCAUCUCAAUGCUCUGCUCGCCACGCCCACACCACUGACCACGCCUUGGAGCCGAAGCCUGGCCCUGCCCUUGCUGCAGACUGUGGCCAGUGAUUCACUGAGUGAAAUCAACACUGCCAUCUUUACCGUUACCUGCUCAUUACCCAUAAUCCUCUGGGGUACAGCUGCUCUCGCACGUGUCCCACACAGACUGACCGCCCGUGCGGAGGGCCAAUCGAGCGCUUCCCUUCAGAUAUCAGUGUUUUUUGUUUUUUUUAAAGACCCACCCUCGAGACUGCUGAAGGGAAACUGUUCCACUCUUCAGUUUUAUUCUCAUGAUUUCUCUAUUUUUAUUUGGACAUCACACUCAGCGUGACCUUUGAUCUUUGACCUUUCCAGCCUGAACCCUUAUGAUCGGCUGAGACAUGGGUGAUGAUUUUUUUUUGGACUGAACUGUUUUGGGACUCAGUUUGCUGUUAAAUAAAGAGGGAGGAAGACUGAAAGUUAGAGCCGAACCCUCGGAACCUUUCUCAUUGCUCUUUUUCCACAGUUGCCUUAUUUUACUGAGUUUUUCUGCUUAUUGUGCGCUAAACACCUUAAACGCCCCUCCCCCGACACACGCGCACACACACACACACACACACACGCACGCACACACACUUUGUGUUGUGAGUGGGCGCUUCACCUGGUCUCCGUGUCUUCCAUGUGCUCUGUUCUGGACAGUGAUUGUGUUCUUGCUGUGUUUGUGUCUGUGUUCACGCCCAGCGUUCAUAAAUCCUCACAAUUACUUGAAGAAAAGAAAAGAGGAGAGGAACAUGUGAGAACAUCUGCUCAUGCUGCAGGUGCUCGAAGACUUUAACUCUCUCUCACACACACACACACACACACACGAUGGAGGAUUAGGGGAAAAUACCCUUUAAACACACACCGCUCCAGAUAUCUUCUCAACUGAGUGGUCAGAAGCUCCACCCCCUUUUUGCUGACCUGCUUGAUGGGUAGGUGGAGAAACGAACUGGGCAUUGCUCUCCACUUCUCUAACACAGGGAUGACUCCGCCCCCCACCCAGGCACCAUCCCCUUAAUUCUGACUGAUUAUCAUUAGGGAUGGACUGAGAGGGCGUGGCCUCACCCGAUAUUAGUACACACCCCAUAUCCUCUGAUUCAUUAAAGAUUAUAUAUUCGCCUUAUACGUGUACAAUAUUUUAGUUUUAUUGUCCCUGAUUUUUUUUUUUUUUUUAACACUUUUUAAUUUUGCUGCAUCGUAGCUAUGCUAAAGUUUCAGUGCUACAUGAGGAAGAAUAGGAACAUUAUAAUAAAUAAAAAGAAGAAAUAACUGCAGCUCUUCUCACAUUUGCAUAGUAAAGACUUAAUUCUGUAGUUAAUUGGUUGUUGAGCUCGUUUUGGAGUGAAAUGCAUCAUCGUGAAUGAACUUUAGAUUUUCCUCUUCUGUUAUAAAUUAGUGAAAAUUGGUGAAGGAGGAGAAAUAUCCGUUUUAAUCUCCAGCAGUUUUUUUUUUCUUUUCAUUUUAACCGCAGUGGGUGACCUUGAUGUCCAGGGAUUAAAUAGUUAUCUGGUUAUUAACAUCAUUAUUCCAGAAAGCCAUAGAUAUUUAAAAUACAGUGGUGUGUAAGGGUGUUUCAGUGUUUAUAGUUCAUCACCAUUACGCUCAUGGGCUCGUGGAUAUGAAGAGGAAAAAAGUGAACAAAAAAAUGUAAAAUACUUGAAUGACCGUGUAUAAUAACAGUGACUCUUCUGCGCUCUGCUUUGUAGGCUGAUGUGAUUGGCUCUUAGUGUCAUUUGUAAUUUGUAGUAAUUUUGCUUUUCCUUAAUGAAUAAAAAAUAUAUAUAUAAAAUUGACAAAAAAAAAAAAA